UGCUUGACUACUACUACUACUACUACUACUAGUCCAGGGAACAAACCGCUCUUUCUUUCUUUCCCCUCCCCACCUUUCAAUGGACACAUUAGCACAACAUUCUACACAACAACAACACUUCCAACAACAACAACAACAACAACUACAACCAAAAACAUGGGUUGAACAUUUCAAAGAAUAUUGGCAAAAGUUCAACCUAGCCAACCUGUUAUUUUGCUAUUGUUUGCCCUUUUUCUACCUGUUUUACCCAGCACUGUUAAUGCCUGCCAUCUUUUUACGCACAUUGUCAUUCUUUAUUGGCUGGCUCUAUCAAUUGGUAUUGGCGCAUCACAAGGAUCCCACAACCACAGCACGACGACGAAGGCAGCAACGAAAACAUCGUUCAAAACACAACACGAUCCGAACCGUGAACAAUGGUGUCAGAGGACCUGGUGCGUCGUCGUCGUCGUCGUCGUCGUCAAGUAGUAGCAGACCGGUGUUGAGGGCUUCGUCGUCGUCUUCUACUACUACCACUACGUCUGCAACAGAAAGUGGCAGUGACGACAAUGAUGCCAUGGAAUACUGGUUACAGAAAUGCUCUAUUUGCUUAAGCAAACGCUAUGCUUUGUGCUUGGAGUCGUGUCGUGAUCAGUUUUGUAAACCUUGUUUUCAAAGGUAUAUCGAAGAAAUCGUUCAUGCAUCCUGGGGACUCGGUGUCACUCGGAUUAAAUGUCCUGUGUGUCAAGAAUCCAUCAAACAAUCAGAAUGGAGUCGCUAUGUACCUUCUUCGCUGGUCGACCAAUACGAAAAAUACAACCAACCCUAUCGUCCCUUUUCACGGUGGUGUCCCCACUGUCGUAACCAUCCAAUCAUACCCUGUCAAUCCCCACGAUCCCAAGGCUUGUCGCGUCAGAAACGGAUCGAACGUAUCGUUGGCCUUGUGGACGCGUUGCAAGACAAAGCACCCAUGCCCAUCCAUGCAUCGUCCUGGCUAGAUCCUUUCCGUCGUCCUCCAACAACAACAACAGCAUCCCCCAUCACGAUCGGCCGCAUUCAAACUUUGUACCACCAAAUGACACCCGUGUUACGCCAAGCUGCGCAGCAUCCACACUUGUAUGCCAUGGCUUCCGAAUUGUCUAAACAGCUUGUGGCGUUGGAAAUGGUUCCCGAAGCUUGGAAACGUGCUCAGUUUUGGCAUGUAGCCAAUUUUCCUGUCGAGACUUGUAAUGCAUGCAGUAAUGACAUGUGUUUACAAUGCGGCGAAGAGGCACAUUCACCCAGUUCGUGUUUAGAUGUCUUGACAUCCAAGUUGUCGAGUCUUGACAAUUCAGAAGAAGCCAGUACGGUGCGAUGGAAGUUGGAAAAUACCCGAGCAUGUCCAUGUUGCUCAGUAAUGAUCAAUCGCGACGAAGGAUGUAACAAGGUGGAUUGUUUAUUUUGUGGAUUCCAAUUCUGCUGGUCGUGUCGAUCAGGAUGGUCACAGCAAACUUGUGGCUUUUAUCAAUGUCGAGAAGGUGGCGAACAACAAGAACAGCAGCAGGAGCAGGACAAGCACCAUGAUACCAGGACGGAAUUGGGGGUACCAAACACUGAAUUUCUGGGCUGAGUUGUGACGGAUUCGGGAAAAAUGACAUCGUAUUCACCAUGUUGACGGGUACCACCAAAACGCAUCAUUGUAUUACCCAAAAAAGACAACAGCCAUUAUUGGGGCUCCCCUUUACACCCGUUUUUUAUUUUUUACCCCGGAGCACUCCGUAUAUAUAUUCUGUUGUUGUAAAACGUAUUUUUUGUUGGUGACGAAAGAAACCGCGCGAUCUCCCCCCCAGUGGAAAUAAUACAAAGGGAUGGCACCAGGGUUUUCGUCAAACCAAGAUGAAGCCCGCGGGCCAGCUUAAAAUUAACAAAAGGACAGCAGCA